UGCAGCUGUCGACUGUUGUCACAAAAGCCCGCACAUCUUAGCGUCUGUUGUUUUUGUACCAUACGCUCAACCGUCGAUUAUUGUGUCGAGGACUUCCAAGAUGUUUGUCACGGACAUCCGGAAAGAAUUUUAUGAAGCUGUUGUCAAUCAGAGAGUUGCGCUCCUGGUGGCGUCAGAUGUCGAUGCUCUUUGCGCCUGUAAGAUCCUUCAGGAUUUGUUUCACUGCGAUCAGGUUCAGUACACCCUUUUACCAAUGGCGGGAUGGCAGGACCUUGGCACUGCCUUUCUCGAACACAAAGACCAAUUUCAAUACUUUGUCCUCAUCAACUGCGGUGCCAACGUGGACCUCCUUGAGUUGCUGCAGCCGGACGACGACUCCAUCUUCUUCAUUUGCGAUACUCAUCGGCCUGUCGAUGUGGUUAAUGUCUACAAUGACACUCAGAUCAAACUGCUGAUUAAUCAAGACGAUGAUCUGGGCGUGCCGUCGUACGAUGAAAUAUUUCGAGACGACGACGAGGCGGAAGGGGGAGACUCUGGAAAUGAAAGCGCCGAAGGCUCCGAGCCGUCUGGGAAGCGGAGGAGAUUUGAUGAAGGGGAAAUUGAGAGAAGAAUUGAAAGGCGACGUGAGAAGAGGGAGUGGCAAGCGCGAAGGAGGGAAAUCUUGUUUGACUACGAGCAGUAUGAAUACCACGGAACAUCGGCUGCCAUGAUGUUUUUUGAGCUUGCCUGGGUGUUGACUAAAGACACUAAAGACAUGCUCUGGUGGGCCGUCAUCGGGCUGACCGAUCAGUGGGUUCACGAUAAAAUCACACAUAUGAAGUACGUGACGGACAUCGCCGCCAUGCAGCGCCACGUCUCCCGACAUAACCAUCGAAACGAGGACGAGGAAAACUCCCUGUCCAUCGACUGCAUGAGGAUCUCCUUUGAGUACGACCUGCGUCUGAGCCUCUACCAGCACUGGUCUCUGUACGAGAGCAUCCGUAAUUCGUGUUACACCUCGUGCCACUUCAAGCUGUGGACAUUACACGGACAGAAGAAGCUGCAGGAGUUUCUGGCUGACAUGGGGCUGCCUCUGAAGCAAGUGCGGCAAAAGUUCACCUCCAUGGACAUGUCCAUCAAAGAGAACCUGCGGGAAGUCAUCGAGGAGUCUUCCAAUAAAUACGGAAUGAAAGACAUGCGCAUCCAGACAUUCGGUGUCCACUUUGGCUUCAAGAAUCGUUUCCUGGCCGCUGACAUGGUGCACGCUACCGCCGCUCUACUGGAAAGCACGGAGAAGGAGCAGAACGCGUCAGGCCGCUUCAUCGAGGCGCUCGAUUCGCUUUCCAGGAGCAACCUGGAGCAUCUGCACUCGGGCAUGGAGAUGGCUAAAAAGAAGCUGAUUGCAAUCCAACAGACUGUGGCCAGCUGCAUCUGCACCAACCUCAUCUUGUCCCAAGGGCCUUUCCUUUACUGCUACCUCAUGGAGGGCACGCCCGACGUCAAGCUUUUUUCAAAGCCCAUGGCCUUGACUCUGCUGUCCAAGUACCUCCUAAAAGCAUUCAUCCAAUCAACAAGGAAUAAGCGGUGCAGGUUGCUUCCCCUCAUCACGGCUGCUCCCAAAGAUGUCGAGAAAGGCACCGUCCUCGUCUUGGGAAUCCCACCCGAGUCUGAAACAUCUGACAAAAAGAAUUUCUUCGGCAGAGCGUUUGAGAAAGCUGCAGAAAGCACCAGCUCCAGAACUCUGCACGACCACUUUGACACAUCCAUUAUUGAACUGAAGACAGAAGACCGCAGCAAAUUCCUGGAUGCACUCAUAACGCUUCUGUCCUGAGGCAUCUCAACUCAACAAUGAAUGUGCGUGCGUGUGACUGAGCAACAGCAUAUGAAUGGUGGUUACAUCUUCGAGCAGAAGCAGUGUGACCAUUCUGAUUCUUUUUUUAAUUUUUGAUCUUUUUAAUCCGGUUCCGUGGAUAUUGUACAGUGGGUUAUAAAUGUAUCGAUGUUGUGGAUUCUGCUGUUUUACUCAUGCCUGUGUGUCAGACUUUCAUCAAUUGUAACGAUUUAUGCAUGUUAAUAAAUCACGAGGUCUUAAGUAACAAAGUAA